GUCACUGACUGAGGAAGUAAACAGUGACGUAGACCUUCUGUCGGUUCGGACCAGACGGGUUAGCCUUCAUUGCCCUUGCGCAUCGAUGAGCCUUGGGCGCCCAACACCCUGUCACUUGUUUGUGGUUUGUCCCUCCUGGGACCACUUAUGGUACUCACUACUGCUGACCGGGAGCAUCCCACAAGCCUUGCCAUUUCAGAGAUGCUACAACUCUGUCGUCUGGUCAUAACAAUUUGGCCCUUGUCAAAGUCAUUCAGGUCUUUACUCCUACCCAUUUCUCCUGCAUUCAACACAUUGACUACGAGAAUGGAUUGUUCGCUUACCAUCUAAUCUACCCAGACCUUGACAUGUGGCCUUGUUAGGAGAUGAUCAACGUUAUUCGAUUCACCUGUCUUAAUAAAUUAAUCAGGAGAUAAAAGAUGAGUAGUCAAGGUGCUGCUCGCGGGUCAUGGAGGGGUGGAAGCAGCUCAGAUGCUAGAGGAGGAAGAGGAGGGUGGAGAGGAGGAAGAGGAUGGAGCUCAGGUGGAUACAAACCCUGGAGAGGCCGUCCCUGGAACAGAGGAGGAGGAGGAGGAGGAGGAGGAGGAGGAGGAGGAGGAGGAGGAGGAGGAGGAGGAGGAGGAGGAAGAGGAAACUAUUCCACCAAUAGUACACAACACGGGACCAGAAUUACUCCACAAGUCAGUCAAGCAACUCUUGAUAUCAUGUGUCCAUAUAAAGGAUGGAGACUCUAUUUUUCUGAAGGUUUUGUUCAAAGUUCCCCAUAUGUUGAGAAGAUAAAGGCAUUUGAACAGUACUUCACAUCACAAAUAGAUCUGUAUGAUAAGGAUGAGAUUGAAAGGAAAGGCAGUAUUUUGGUGGACUACAAAGACCUUCUCUCCAACAAACAGAUUUCACAUAUUUUACCUGGUCUUGCUAAAGAUCUGAAAGAAAUGCCUGAGAAGAUACUGGACUGCUUGGGCUUAGCAAUUCAUCAGGUGUUGACUGUGGAUCUUGAGAGACAUGCAGCUGAACUUCAGGGACAGGAAGAGCUUCCUUCAGGGGUACGACCCAUAAUUAACAUCCCUCAUAUCAGCGCCAGGGUGUAUAACUAUGAGUCACUGACUCCUUUGAAAAGUCUGAGAGCAAAUUUAUACGGCAAGUUUGUUGCGAUCAGAGGUACCGUGGUAAGAGUGAGUAACAUUAAACCGCUCUGCAGUAAACUGGCUUUCAUCUGUAACAGUUGUGGAGAUACACAAAGCAUUACACUGCCUGAUGGGAAAUACACUACACCCACUAAGUGUUUACAACAUGAAUGCCGUGGUCGGACGUUCACUCCAAACAGAAGUUCACCUCUGACACUCACUGUCGACUGGCAGACGAUAAAGGUUCAGGAGCUGAUAUCAGACGAUCAGCACGAGUCGGGUCGAAUCCCACGCACUAUUGAAUGUGAGCUCACGCAGGAUCUGGUGGACAGCUGUGUACCUGGAGACAUGGUCACCAUCACAGGAGUCAUUAAAGUGUCCAGUGAAGAAGGAAAUGGCAGAUAUAAGAAGGACAAAUGUAUGUUCCUGUUGUACAUUCAGGCAAAUUCUGUCAGUAACUCUAAGGGUCAGAAGAGCAAAGCCACCUCAGAAUCAGAAGGCCAGGGACCUUCUGUGGAGUUCUCCAUUAAAGAUCUCUACGCCAUCCAGGAGAUCCAAGCUCAAGAAGACCUCUUCAAACUAAUAGUAAACUCUCUUUGUCCGUCGAUUUACGGCCAUUUGCUUGUUAAAGCAGGAUUGGCGCUGGCUUUGUUUGGGGGAUGUCAGAAGUAUGUUGAUGAUAAGAAUCGUAUCCCAAUAAGAGGAGACCCUCAUAUGCUUAUUGUCGGAGACCCUGGACUUGGCAAAAGUCAGAUGUUACAGGCUGUGUGUAACGUGGCCCCGCGGGGUGUGUAUGUUUGCGGCAACACUACCACCACCUCAGGACUGACUGUCUCACUGUCCCGGGAGAGCGGAUCAGGAGACUACGCUCUUGAAGCUGGAGCUCUGGUGUUAGGAGAUCAAGGUAUUUGUUGUAUUGAUGAGUUUGAUAAGAUGGGCAGUCAGCAUCAGGCUUUACUUGAGGCCAUGGAGCAGCAGAGCAUCAGUCUGGCUAAAGCUGGGAUUGUCUGCUCACUUCCUGCUCGAACCUCCAUCAUCGCAGCGGCCAAUCCAGUCGGAGGACAUUAUAAUAAAGCCAAGACUGUCUCUGAGAACCUGAAAAUGGGAAGUGCGCUGCUGUCCAGGUUUGAUCUGGUAUUUAUCUUGUUGGACACGCCGAAUGAAGAUCACGAUCACCUGCUCUCUGAGCACGUGAUGGCGAUGCGAGCAGGAAAGAAUGGCACGAUUAGCGGCGCUGCAGUCACACGCUACAGCACGCAAGAGUCCAACAUCUCCAUUCUGGAGGUCUCAUCAGAGAAACCCCUCGCUGACAGACUCAAACUUGUUCCUGGAGAGAAUUUUGACCCCAUUCCUCAUCAGCUCCUGAGGAAGUACGUUGGUUACGCCCGGCACUAUGUCCACCCAAGUCUCUCUGCUGAGGCGGCGCAGGUUCUGCAGGACUUUUAUCUGGAACUGCGCAAACAGAACCAGACCGCCGACAGCACGCCCAUCACCACCCGGCAACUGGAGUCCCUCAUCAGACUCACUGAGGCAAGAGCUCGUGUGGAGCUGAGAGAGAAAGCUACACAGAGUGAUGCAGAAGAUGUUGUAGAAAUCAUGAAACACAGUUUAACUGACACCUACUCUGAUGAAUUUGGCCGUCUGGAUUUUGACCGAUCUCAACUCGGCUCUGGGAUGAGCAACCGCUCGAAAGUCAAGAAAUUUGUUGCAGCAUUAAACAAACAUGCCGAGCGCGCACACAAAACCAUGUUUGAGGUCCAGGAGCUUCGCCAACUCGCCAAAGAUCUGCAAAUACAGGUUGUCGAUUUCGAAGGCUUCAUCAGUGCACUCAACGAACAAGGUUACCUUCUGAAGAAAGGGCACAGGAUUUAUCAACUUCAAACUAUCUGAAUGAAUCUGUUUAAGUGUAUUUAUUCUGGUUUUGUGUUGUAUUAAAUUUACUGUGUUGUUUUUUAACCUGGCAAAACAUGAUAUAUAUGUUAAUAUGUAAUUGUAUUGUUGUAAAGUACUGUGUUGUUUCUGUAAUAUUUGGAAAGUUCCAUAUUAUUAUUGUACAUUGUUUACAUGUUCAUAAAUAUCCACAUAAGUUUUCUUUAAAUAGUAUGUACCUGUUAAUGAAAAGUGUUUUAGCUGAUAACACUAUGCAUUAAGCAAUCAAACACUGACCACAUGUCUGAACAUUAAAUCUGAAGAGUUCAAUUGUAUUAUAUAGAAUAUUUUUUUUGCAAUUUUUUUUAUUUUUUUUAUUGAAUGGUGGGUUGUAGAUGGGUGCUAGCUAAGUUAUCCUCAGCAGAUGCACAUCUGUUAAGUAUUUUUAAAUAGUCAAAUGUCACUGCAACUGAACACUGUAGGUAAAAAUGAUCUUAUUACAAUCCAUACAUA